AUGCCCACUUGCUUUUCCGCUCCUGCAUUUGGGGGAGAGGCGCUGGAUUGCUGCAGGCAGCCGGUGGCCUCCUGGGGCCGGAGACUCCCGGCCCCCCAGGAGUUCCCAGGCCCUUCCGCCCGUCCUCCCGGGAAAGAGCCGGGGGAGAAGGCAGGCAGGGCCCGGCGCCGGGGGAGAGGCUGCAGGGCGCGGGCAAGGGCCGCAGGCAGGCCCUGGCGCUGCCCUUGCCGUGUCAUUGCCGCCCCGCGGCCGCCUGACCUCGCCUCGUUGGGCCGCUCUCCCCUCUCUCCCCAGGGUUCGCCCUACGACCACACGCCGGGCAUGGCCGGUUCCCUGGGGUACCACCCGUACGCGGCGCCGCUCGGCUCCUACCCCUACGGGGACCCCGCAUACCGUAAGAACGCGACGCGGGACGCCACGGCCACCCUCAAGGCCUGGCUCAACGAGCACCGGAAAAACCCCUACCCCACCAAGGGCGAGAAGAUCAUGCUGGCCAUCAUCACCAAAAUGACCCUCACCCAGGUGUCCACCUGGUUCGCCAACGCGCGGCGGCGGCUCAAGAAGGAGAACAAAAUGACCUGGACACCGCGAAACCGCAGUGAGGACGAGGAGGAAGAGGAGAACAUAGACCUGGAGAAAAACGACGAGGACGAGCCUCAGAAACUGGAGGAGAAGGGGGACCCCGGGACGCCAGACACAGGAAGCUGUGAAGAUGAAUAG